AUGCUACGAAGUUUGUUUGUGCUUAUUGUAACGAUUGUCAAAGUGUCAUUUAGCUUUUCAGAUGUUGGAAAAUGGGAUUUACCGCUGAACGGGAAUUUUUGCGAAUUUACCAUAGCUAAGUCGCUAUUUAAAGAUGCAGAAUUACGAGUGGUUUUGCACUGUAUUGAGUCUGCAAAUGUCACAGUUACCUAUCAGUGGGAGCAGAGUCCUUGCUCGCCUGAUUAUUUCCACUACCAUGAAAAGCAUAUUGUCGAAUGUUCAAAUCAGAUGUACAGUGUGCCAGCGAGUGAAUUGUUUAAUACCAGUACAAUGCAAGUAAAGAAGUACACAUGCCACAGUAAAGAGUCUUCAUUCCUUUAUGAUGAAAAAGAAAAAGUGUCUGAUAUUGCAAAAAAGCAGCCUGGCGUUUCCACAUCUAAAAUGCCACCCCUGAUUGUCGUGGAAAGAGAAGGCAUAUAUGUACUAAGAAUGAUGGUGCGAACAAACACAGAAACUCCGUUGAAUCUGUCUGUUGGUGUGGAGAUGGUGGCGCCUACCGGUUAUCUAUCGGCAGCUAUGUGGCCUCUAUUACCUUUCUUUGGUGUUAUGUGUGGAGUAUAUACAAUAUUAUGUACAGCAUGGCUAAUAGUGUGUGCAUUACAAUGGAGGGAUCUCCUUAGGAUACAGUAUUGGAUUGGUGGAGUCACACUGCUAGGCAUGAUCGAGAGUGCUACUUAUUAUGGAGUGUACUCCUCAAUCAAUAGAACUGGGUACUUUAGUUCGGAAGUAUACAUGUUCGCCGAAUGGGUGUCAGUAGCAAAGAGAGCGCUGGCUCGAAUGUUAGUCAUUAUAGUCUCUCUAGGAUUUGGUAUUGUAAAGCCGCGGCUGGGGCCGGCGCUGCAGCGCGUGGCGGGCGCGGGCGCGUGCUGGGCGGCGCUGGCGGCCGCGGAGGCGUGGCUGCGGCUGCGGCGCCGCGCCGCGCGCGCGCUGCUGCUGGCCGAGGCGCCGCUCUCGCUGCUCGACAGCGCCAUCUGCUGGUGGGUGUUCGUCUCGCUGGCGCACACCACGCGCACGCUGCGCCUCCGCAGAAACACCAUCAAGUUGUCGCUGUACAGGCACUUUACGAACACUCUCAUAUUCGCAGUUAUUUCAUCUGUGAUAUUUAUGCUGUACUCUCUAAAAUCCUACAGAAUCCAGUUGUGUAUAACUGAAUGGAAGGAAGUGUGGAUGGACGAAGCGUAUUGGCACAUGCUUUUUGCGAGCGUCUUGGCAGUCAUAAUGCUGCUAUGGCGACCCACAAAUAAUAACCAGCGAUAUGCCUUCACGCCGCUGCUUGAUUAUGCCGAGGACGACGAGGAGGAAGAAGAACAGUUCGUGAACGACGCGUACGGCGUGAAAAUGCGCGGCACGAGCUCGGAAGGUCCGAAGGCCGCGGCCGAGCCGCUCGACGAGCUGCGCGACGAGCUGCGCUGGGUGGAGGAGAACAUCCCGGCCAGCGCGCUGCCGCUGCUCGACUCCGACGAGGAGCUCGUCAACACCAAGUUCGAAGUCUCCAAGAUGCAAUAG